UACCACACAGAGGUGAGUUUCUCAGCGGCUUCCUGUCACUGUUAUAAGUCUACAGCUUCACAGGAGGAAACCAAACCCACCAGUGUGAAGAAAAGGUUCACAACAGUAACUGUACUUUUAAGAGUGGAUGUUAAGGUGUCUGUUGAAGGAGAGGAGAUCAGGCCUGGAAGGUGUAAGCUGGACCAUAUGGAUUCUGGAAUAUCAAGUUCUCUCUCCAGCAUGUCGAUGACCCCGUCCAGCCCUGGUACCCCAGGUCGACCCCCCCAUACCGCUGCCCCCGGGCCCCUCCAGGCUCCUCUCGGCACUGCUCUGGUCCAGUUCCAGCUAGGCCUCUUCAGGGAGGUGGUUCGGGUGUCUGGUGGGCAGCUCAGCUACUGCCAUGCCAAGAGACUGGCUGCAGAGAUCAUAGAACGCAAGGCUCCAGACUGUAAUGUGGUGGGUGUUGGGGAGAAGGUCCUCCUGUUCAGACACCAGACAGGCUUGGAACACCUCCUCCACAGACUCACGGACCAGGAUGCACUGCUGGACGGCGACCUGAUAGAGAUCAUCCUCUCAGGAUCAGCUACUGUGACGGAGAUAAAGAUCCGCCCACACUCCCUGGCUGUCCAAUCAUAUCGCACCCCCACCUUCUGUCAUCACUGUGGGGAGAUGCUGUGGGGGUUGGUACGUCAAGGGUUAAAAUGUGAAGGUUGCGGGUUAGACUUUCAUAAGCGCUGUGCGCUGCAGUUGCCUAGUGACUGUAGGCGUGCACGCCGUCGUGUGUGUGGCCCCAGCCUGUCCUUAUUCCCCCCUGCCAGGCCCCGGACACACUCCCUCUCCACACCUGCAGGGGGCAGUAUGGAGGAGAUUAGUAUGUCCAAACCCAGGCCCAGACCUCCGUCGUGGGCAGAUCAACCGGUGUGGCUGGGGGUGGUCCAGGGAACGGGUGGCGUGGCGGGCAGGGCCAGGGUGCCACACACCUUCCACAUCCACAGCUACACCAAGCCCACCGUGUGCCAACACUGCUACCACCUCCUUAAGGGCCUGUUCCGCCAGGGCCUGCAGUGCUCCGACUGUAAGCUGAACUGCCAUCGUCGCUGUGAGUCCUCCCUGGUACCCGCUGACUGUCCUGGAGUGAGGACGAACACCAAUGGGGAAGGAGACUCAGUGUCCAGUCUGGGCUAUAAUGACGACACAGAGGAGGAGGAUAUGAGAUGCAGUAUGACAUCACUAGAAGACCAUGACGAUGAGCCAUCAACUGAGGACCCAUUCGCUGAGAUCAAGGAGGUGGGACACCAGCCACCAAUCACUCCGUGUUUCAGUAGUUAUAUUCCUCUGAUGCGGGUGGUCCAAUCAGUUCGUCACACUAAGAGACGGGCCAGUGGAGUCCUGAGAGAGGGCUGGCUACUGCAUCACACCAACACCGACACACUGAGGAAACGUCAUUACUGGAUAUUGGACUGGAAGAAUAUUACUCUGUAUCAGAAUGAGACAAGCACCAAGUACUACAAGGAGCUUCCUCUGUCUAACGUGCUGCAGGUGCGAGGCCCCGCCCAGCUGUCUGGCCCCUUGUUGCCAGACAACAGUGUCCACUCGUUCGAGGUGGUGACGGGCACGCUGGUAUACUGUGUGCUGGCGGGCAGGGACGGGCAGGCCUGGGAGACCGCAGUACGCCAGGCUCUGAUGCCCGUCCUGAGCAGCGGGCAGACGGGCAGACAGGACCAUGGACCCCAGAGUGGAGAGAAACCGGACGUCAGUUCAGUGUAUCAGAUCUUCACUGAUGAGGUGCUUGGUUCAGGACAGUUUGGAGUGGUGUAUAGAGGCACCCACAGACAGUCUGGUCACCCUGUGGCCAUCAAGGUCAUCGACAAAACCCGUUUCCCUACCAAACAGGAGAGACAGUUGAGGAACGAGCAGGCAAUUCUACAGAAUCUGUCUCACCUGGGUAUAGUUCUACUGGAGGGCAUGUUUGAGACCCUGGAGCAUGUCUUCGUUGUCAUGGAGAAGCUCCAUGGAGACAUGCUGGAGAUGAUUCUGUCCAAUGAAAAGGGCCGUCUGCCAGAGCGCACGACACGCUUCCUGGUUACACAGAUUCUAGAGGCCCUGCGCUACCUGCACUUCAAACACAUCGCUCACUGUGACCUGAAACCUGAGAAUGUAUUGGUGGCCUCCCCAGAUCCCUUCCCUCAGGUUAAGCUGUGUGACUUUGGCUUCGCCCGCAUAAUCGGCGAGAAGUCUUUCCGCCGCUCAGUGGUGGGCACGCCGGCCUACCUGGCGCCCGAGGUCAUCAGUAUCCAUGGUUACAACCGUUCGCUGGACAUGUGGGCUGUGGGCGUGGUCCUGUACGUCAGCCUGAGCGGAACGUUCCCCUUCAACGAGGAUGAGGACAUCAGUCAGCAGAUCACCAACGCUGCCUUCAUGUUCCCCCGUCUGCUCUGGUCUAACAUCUCACUAGAGGCGGUGAGUCUGAUCAACAACCUUCUCCAGGUGUCAGUGAGACGUAGGUUCAGUGUGGGGAAGGCCCUGGGACACCCCUGGCUACAGGACUUCCAGUUGUGGUGUGACCUGAGGGAGUUUGAGCAGAGGAUGGGCUGCCAGUACCUGACCCAUGAGGGAGACGAGGACCACUGGAGACUCCACGCCCAGGAGAGGGGUCUGCUCUUCCCUUCUCACCUCCCCUGGACCCCCGGGCACGACAACAGCCUGUGACCCUAGGCCCAAAGGUGAAAGGUCAAUGGCCGGACAAGAUGGCUACUGGACUACUGGUGUGUUUCAGUGGUGACCAGCAAAAACAAAAGGAAUUCUGAUGAACUGUUAAAGAAGCACACAGCGACCUAAGCUUUUUUGUAUGGACAAAAGUCUUAAAAAGAUAUAUGAUCACUGUGAUUUUUUGCCAUGAUACUCCUAUACUGCCUGCGUCUGAGUGAUGGAAGCCAGGAGAACAGGCCGUGGCUCGGGUGGCUGAAGUCCUUGAUGAUCUUUUUGGCCUUCCUGUGACACCUGGUGUUGUAGGUGUCCUGGAGGGCAUGCAGUGUGCAUCCAAUGGUGCGUUGUGCUGAGCGUACCACCCUCUGUAGAGCCUUGCGGUCAGCGGCAGUGUGGUUGCCGUCCCAGGCCGUGAUGCGGCCCGACAGUAUGCUCUCGAUACCCCUGUCCACUUGAUGGUGCUGUUCACCAAACAAUAAACAGCAUUGCUAAUC